AUGGUCACUGCCACUCUUCCAUGCACAACAAAGACAUAAGUGAGAAGGGAGAAAUAGAGUUGCAGUUGCAGACAGAACCCUACAUCGAAGUGAAAAAGGAGGGACAGAGAGAGAGAGAGGGACUACUGAUGAUGGUCUCGAAAGUCAGUGAUUUCACAACGGCCCCCAAUUCUUGAAGUUUGCAAAACCAUUACCCAACAAAGACUCUCAGACAAUUUAUAUUCAUCUCCCCUCCCUCUCUUUCUCUGUCUUACAAACACACACAAGCAAAGGAGAAGAAAAUGCAACUCUCUGCAUUGAUUCCAGUUCUUCAUCUUGUAACUUUUCCUCUUGGCCUCUUCUCUUGUUCACCUCGAUUCUCGCUCUCUCUCUCUCUCUCUCUCUCUCUCUCUCUCUCUCUCGUGUGAAGUCAAAUCCCUUAAACUCCACGCUAUUCUUUUUCCUCACAGGUAAUCAACGUCCUUUUGACACACUCCCACGUUAUAUAAACCCCCUCAGCCCUCUCCUCUCUCUCCCUCACUGCUCUCUGUCUCUCUCUCUCGCUCACUGUCUGAGCUGAAAAAUGGUGCACCACCACCACCAUUGCAAAGAGAAGAGACCCAAGUUCUGUAUCAACGACCACGUCGACGUCCUCGCCGAGAUCCUGAAGCGCCUCGACGGCCGCUCCCUCUGCGUCGCCGCCUGCGUCUGCCGCCUCUGGUCCGCCCUCGCCCGCAACGACUCCGUCUGGGAGCACCUCUGCUUCCGCCACCUCUCCCCUCCCCCUCCCUCCUCCGUCCGCCCCGUCGUCUCCGCCCUCGGCGGCUACCGCCGCCUCUACAUGGUCUGCAUCCGCCCCGUCCUCAGCCGCCUCGGGCGGUCCCGCCGCGCCGAGCUCCCGUGGCGGGUCCGGUCCCGGGAGGAGCUGCAGCUGUCGCUCUCGCUGUUCUGCGUGGACUACUACGAGAGGCUCGGGAAUGGGAGCGCUGGUGGUGGCACCAGAUUCGGUGACGGGUCUGCGGGCGCGUCCUCGUCGCUCAUGUUCCUCUGCAAGCCCGUGAACGUCUGACGAAAGAGAAACAUCAGAUCGUUUUUACCAUUUUUCUUAGUUUUGACCUUUUUCUUAGGGAAAAAAACUUGAAGCUUGAGCGUAGAAGGGAAGGAAAAAGCUAGUGAAGCGACCCGCCAGUCUAUAUCCAUUAUAAAUUCUUUUGUUUAGAAUAUUAGAAAUAAAUGUCAUAUCCCGCUUUUUAUAUGAUGAUCAAUUUGUCCGAUCAUUAUUGCAUUAUUUGGUUUAUACCAUACUAAUUCUAAUUACUUUUGAGAUGAUAAUGCAAAUUUUAUAUAAUAA